UUGACCUGUAACGGAUCCUUUUCCCCUCGUGCGGUGACACACAUCGACACAGACUCCAGACUAGGAACAGUAACAUCGGACAUUUCUUUGAGUAGCGAUAUUAUUUUGUAGAGCUGAAUCUUUGACCCAGUUUUGGUACAAAUGCAAACUUUUGGACGUGGCGCGCGCUCUCUUCCUAUUUCUGUCGCUAAGCCGCUGUUGCAGCAGGCGCACUGUGACCUCGGCCCGCACUAAGGUGGCGCAGAGUUGUUGUGUUACACAUGGAGACUCUCAGGAUGAACCAGCGGGUGUUUCACUAGAACCACCUGGCCCGCGGACGAGCCGAUCGUCGUGAUGAAGGAUCGACUGGCCGAACUGACAGCUAGUAGGACACAAGCUGAUGAGGAUGUUGCGGUCACAGUGGACAGAGAUGGCUUCAUGGAGAGCUUCUUCAGGAGGGUGGAAGAAGUUAGAGGACUCAUUGAUAAGAUCUCCUACCAAGUGGAAGAGGUGAGGAAGAUGCACAGCAUGAUCCUUACAGCACCCAACCCUGAUGACAGCCCAAAGGAUCAACUGGAUGCACUGACCAACCAUAUCAAAGGGAAUGCCAACGUCGUGCGAACGAAACUAAAAUCCAUGGAGCAAAGUAUGCCCAAAGACGAUGCGGUCAACAGAUCCUCUGUCGACUUCAGGAUCCAGAAAACACAGCACACCGUGCUAUCCAGGAAGUUUGUGGAGGUCAUGACCCAGUACAAUGAGACACAAGUGUUCUUUCGGGAAAGAAGCAAAGGGAGGAUCCGGAGACAGCUGGAGAUAACUGGAAGAGUGACCACCAAUGAGGAGCUGGAGGUCAUGUUAGAAAGUGGAAAUCCAUCAAUCUUCACAUCUGAUAUAAUUUCUGAUUCCCAGAUCACACGUCAGGCUCUGAAUGAGAUAGAGUCGCGGCACCAGGACAUCAUGCGUCUGGAGUCGAGCAUCAGGGAGCUCCACACCAUGUUCAUGGACAUGGCAAUGCUGGUAGAGACUCAGGGGGAUAUGGUUAACAACAUUGAGAACAACGUGUCCAACGCAGCGGAAUACAUUUUACGUGCAAAGGAAGAGACCAAAAAAGCAGUGAGAUACCAGAAAAAGUCUCGGAGGAAAUACAUUAUCCUUGCCUUUGCUCUGUUGAUCCUACUUGCUGUCAUCGCACUAAUUGUUGGCCUGUCUGUUGGACUAACCAAACCUCCUGUAUGAGAGUCUACUGUGAUUACUGCGUGAGAAACAUCUCUGCCUUGCCACAUGUGGGGUGGCAUGUUUCCUCCUUUUACUCAUCAUAAUAGUUGGAGUCUUUGAGUGAUUGUUUACAGCCUUACAGCUGAUCAUGUAGCGAUGGCACAUCGAACAGCUUCAUAGAAAGACAGUUAUUCACUAUCCAUCAGCAUUAUACAGAUGAUCUUGUGACCAGAGUGAAGUAAGUAUAAUGUGUGUAUUUCACCAGUAACAUCAGGCCUCACCAUAGACUGCUCUGGAGCAGUUGUAUACAGGUAGAAUGAAGCAUCCUGUCUGCACAUAUCCCCUUGCCUUAGCAUUGAUAUAAUGACCUCAGAUGUAUACACUGGUGGACAUGCUGCCAAUUUCCAUAUUUCUGUAUGAUCUUCAGACAUUUCUUGGCCAAAUGACUUUAAAGGAAGUGUUUCCUUUUUGAGAAAUAGCCUUCUUCGCAUCCUUGCAGAGAGCUUGAUGAGGUCCAUGUUGUAAGUAUGAAGCUACAGCCUCCCCCACAGCCUCAUAGCUUAGCUUCACAUAAAGACUGGAAACAGAAAACAGCCAGCCUUGCUCUGUCCAACGGUAACAAAACAUGUGACACGCAUUGUUUGCCAGACCUUUUCUUGUAUAUUUUGUGUGCAGUGACUUCCCGGAGUGUUUUUUUGUUUGUUAUUGUGAGGUUUACUGGUAGGCCAGGCAACAAGUAGUGCCUCCAGGAAGUCACUACGACAAUGGGUCAUUUUUACAUCACUGUUUGUGUUCAUAAAAAAACAAUCACACUCAGUCACACACACACACACACACACACACACACAAACACACACACACACACACACACACACACACACACACAUGUAUAUAUUGAGAUGUAGAGGGGCUGCUAGGCUACUUUUGUUACCUUUGGGCAGAAUCAGGCUGGCUGUUUCAGUUAAGCUAAGCUGUAUUUAGCUUAUACACAUGAGAGUGGCAUCAGUCUUCUUGCCUUAUUGUCACCAAGAAAACAAAUGUUUUUACUCACAAAUUGUAACUAUUGCUUGUAUUAACUAUUGUAUAAUCUUAAGUUCUCUUUUUCUGUAGUAUAUAUACUGUAUUUCUUGUGUGAUCAAUGUAAAGCUACUACAUCUGGGAAGAAGUCUUGCUAGGAAUAGAAACAUUAAUAAAAAUAUUAUAUAUUACUACAAUAUAUAUAUUUAUUCAGAUCAAUCAAAUUGAAUUAGUGAAUUGAUUAAUUGAUUUAAUAACUCUUACAAAAGUACCCCCUUGACAUUUAAUAUGAAACCUUAACUUAUUGAAUUGUAUUGGUCAUGAUCAUCAAAAUAUAGCUGUAAAUUAGGACUCCUCGAUGAUGUUAUUUCAAGAGCAUGAGAGUUUUUAUUUUGAUACAUUUUAUUCUUUAAUAUGUUUUGAAGUUACAUCUUGUAUUUUUUAUUGUAGCAGAACAAUUUAGUUGGGUAAUUAAAAAAUAAAGAUGUCUGCUGAUUUGUUUCCUUAACAA